AUGCAUUUUGGUCUCACGAAUGCUCCUGCGAUUUUCAUGGAUCAAAUGAAUCGCUCUUUCUACGAGUACUUGGAUACUUGUUUAGUCGUGUUUAUCGAUGAUAUUCUCGUUUACUCUAAGGACGAGAAGGACCAUGAGAAGCAUUUGAGACUGGAAGUUGCUUUUAUGGGGCAUGUAAUCAACAAGGAAGGAGUUAAGGUGGAUCCCCCUAAGAUCAAGGUUGUUGUAGAGUGGAAGAGUCCUAAGAAUUUGACCAAGGUUCAAAUUUUUUUGGGUCUUGCUGGUUAUUGUAGGAGGUUCAUUCAAGAUUUCUCUAAGAUAGCUCAACCUCUGACUCGCUUGAUGUGCAAGGACCACAAGUUCGUCUGGUCCGAGGAUUGUGAAGGGGCAUUUCAGAAGCUGAAAAAGAGUUUGACCUGUGUUCUUGUUCUUACUUUGCCAUUAGAGGGUGUGGGGUAUGAAGUGUUCAGUGAUGCAUAG